GUUACACCGGGGGUAAGUGGAGCGUAGCGGGGCGGGCUGUCCUCUCUUUACCCCCGGACUGAGCAGCGCCGGUCAGCGGCGGCAGCAGGCGACGCACCGUCACGUCCUGACGCUGGAGGAGGCAGAGACCGGCGGAGGAUGCUGCUCACACCGGCUCAGAUGGGCUGUCUCUGCGGGCUCAAGCGGCAGCCAGCGGCGGAGUAACAUGCAGCGGAGCGGCCCGGGUGUCUGGUCGGCCUCGCUGAGCUCGGCUGCUGCGGCUCUUGUCUGCCUUUUCUCGGCUGCUCGUCCCUCCGUCGCGGCGUGAUCGUUUCCAGGUCAGAAUCUGUGUUUCCUGUGCGGCUUGUUUGUACUGAAAAUGGCCGGAGAUGGCGGCGCUCUGAAGGAUAUCAAUGAGAUUAAAUCCCAGUUCCGGACCAGAGAGGGCUUCUACAAGCUGCUCACCCUCUCCGACUCCCAGCAACGGGGCGGGCUGCCGCGGGGUCCGUCCGCCGGAGCCACGCUGGGCCCCGGGGCCGGCCCCGGUCCGAUACCCGGCGGAGGGGUCGGGCUGCUGCCGGGGCCCGGGGCCGCCGCCGCCGCUGCCGCCUCUUCCUCCUCCAAUGCCGCGGCCAACUCGUCCCCGGCGGGCUUCCUGCCUCCGGUCCGAGUGUCCAUGGUGAAGCUGCAGCCCGAAGACCCGAGCGAGGAGUCGGAGCGGGUCUGCUUCAAUAUCGGCCGGGAGCUCUACUUCUACACCUACACCAACAUCAAGAAGGCCGUGGACCUCAGCAAGCCAAUAGACAAGAGAAUCUACAAGGGAACCCAGCCGACGUGUCACGACUUCAACCAGUACUCAGCCACGGCGGAGAGUGUAGCGCUCAUCGUGGGUUUCUCGGCCGGACAGGUCCAGUAUCUCGAUCCCAUCAAGAAGGAAACCAGUAAACUCUUCAACGAGGAGAGGUUGAUAGACAAAUCCAAGGUAACGUGUCUAAAAUGGCUUCCUAAGUCGGAGAACCUGUUCCUGGCCUCCCACGCCAGCGGUCACCUCUACCUCUACAAUGUGGACCACCCGUGUGGCACCACGGCACCACAGUACUCUCUGCUGCGGCAGGGCGAAGGCUUCGCAGUCUAUGCCUGCAAAACCAAGACGCCACGCAACCCAUUGUUGCGGUGGGCCGUCGGUGAGGGAGGCCUCAACGAGUUCGCCUUCUCGCCAGAUGGUGUUCACGUGGCCUGCGUCGGUCAGGAUGGCUGCCUGCGCGUCUUCCACUUCGACUCGAUGGAGCUGCAGGGCGUCAUGAAGAGCUACUUCGGCGGACUGCUGUGCGUGUCGUGGAGUCCUGACGGUAAAUAUCUGGCCACCGGAGGGGAGGAUGAUCUGGUUACUGUGUGGUCAUUUGCAGAGAGCCGGGUGGUAGCGAGGGGUCACGGCCACAAGUCCUGGGUCAAUGUCGUAGCGUUUGAUCCCUUCACGACUUCACUGGAAGACGACGAGCCUAUGGAGCUCAGCGGCAGUGAGGAAGACCUCCACCAGGGGGCGCCAAAUAACUCCAUGCACUUUGGCCGGGUUCGAACAAGCAGCACAUUAUCGCGUCUGUCUCGGCACAGCUCUAAAGGCGGCUCGGCAUCGGUCACGUACCGGUUCGGCUCAGUGGGGCAGGACACCCAGUUCUGUCUGUGGGACCUGACGGAUGACGUGUUGUACCCUCGGCUGCCACUGUCUCGCGCCUUUACUAACACUUUCGGACCCUCGCUGUCCAACUCUGGCAGCGGGGGAGUCAACAGCACCUCAGGUGGGGGAGGAAGCGGCAGUGUGGAGGGACACCAUCACCCACCCAACACUAACACUGGCACCCCCAACCCACCGACCCUUCCCUUACCGCUUCCUCGCUCGCUGUCACGCUCCAACUCCCUGCCCCACCCCGCGGUGGCAAACGCCUCCAAGGGCCAGGGCGCCUCUGAGGGUGGCGGGGGAGGCGGAGGAGGGGGAGGCAGCAGCGGCGGAGGAAACAGCACCCCCUUCAGCAUCGGCCGCUUCGCCACGCUAUCCCUGCAGGAGCGCAAGUCAGACAAGUCCGGCGGCAGCGGUGGGGUGGAGAAGGAGCACAAGCGCUACCACAGUCUGGGCAACAUCAGCAAGAGCAACGACAAGAUCAACGUGGCGCCGCGGAGCAACCGGCUGGAUGCCGCCAAGGUCCUGGGAACUACGCUGUGCCCUCGAAUGCACGAGGUGCCACUGCUGGAGCCGCUAGUCUGCAAGAAGAUCGCACAUGAGAGGCUGACGGUCCUGGUGUUCAUGGACGACUGCAUCAUCACAGCCUGCCAGGAAGGCCUCAUCUGUACCUGGGCUCGGCCGGGGAAGGCGAACUUGACAGCACAGAACGGAAACUCUCCGAGCGGCACGGUGGUAUAGCUGGAGGAGAAGAUUUGCACUCGUCCCUCCUUCCAUCUCCUCCCUCGUUUGUCAUCGUCUUCUUCUCUCCACAUCGACCCUCGGAAAUGUCAGAUUUGGGUCCAACAACCAGAGACUGAACCUCCCCACCACUGCAGUAUUAUACCCUCAGUCUUACUCUCUGUACUCGCCAUGAACCAGAAGGUUGGAAACUCCUCCUGAAUCCUGCAAAACUCAACAGAUUCAUGAAGUCUUGAAACAGAUUCAUAGUUUGGGAACAAAAGCAAAUGCAUGUCAGCUUACAUCCAGGCUAAGUUAGCUCAUGAGGCUAAUGUCUGGUAGUUGGAUGAUAGAAACUUCGUGGCCAAAUGUUUAUGGACAGCUCUGAUUUAGAGAUGUUUUCUUAAUCGUACAGCUUGCAGGGAUAUUAUAGCAAAGGUUUGCAUCUUGUUAAUGCCCCCAAGUGCAAUUUCGAUCCAUAAGCUAGUGGUUCUUCCAGUUUAAUAAGCAAAGAACCUUGACCGUAACCCUAACCAACACUUUUAGGAUUAACUGGAGCUACAACAUCAGUGUUGGAGCUCAACAAAGUCCAAAAUCUGAUUAGACUAAAAUCGUAGCUACUCUUCAACCGAUUGGUUGCCAGGAAAAGAAAUCCAUAAGCUAAAUAGACCACAGAGUUUUUUUUCUAGCCUAAUUGAACUCUAAAUCAACAUUAAAAUCUAGUAUUUGCAGCAUACCAUAACUGCAGGUUAAGUCAGUGUUUUUAUGUUUUCAUAGCAUAAAUAUGUGAUACCAGCUGACCAGAAUUACUAAAAGAAGCAAAAGAUUCCUUAUGAUGUGAUUUUUAGUAGCUAUAUUAAGUUAGAGAGAAGGUAGCUGCUGUCUGUAGACGAUCAAACAUUGAGCUUUGAUACACAAACUGCCGUUUGCAAAGUUUACACUCGACUCUUUGGCACAAAAUGCAGCCACGAUGACGACUUCUUUGACCUGUUGUCAGAGUAAACAUUCAGUAAAAGGUUAAAUAAGGCAGAACCUGCAGGUUAGACGAGUUCAAAGUAGUGAAAACAUGGUAGUGUUUACAGGUAGUUUGAUCAUCCUGCUGCCAAAAUGGUGGUUUUAUCUUAGAAGACUGUUGAUGUAGAGCUUUUCUCCUCUAAGAAGACACAUGAGAAAUUGUCCGAUCAAUUAAAUUUUGAGCCAAUCGAUCAACAAAUCAGACAAUUGUAAUUUUUAGGUGUCCGUAUCCUUUUGGACGUAAAACACCAACUUUGGUGGCAACAGGAGGAAAUAAUUUGAGUUUGUUAACUAAGGUUUAGCUGCUUAAUUCUCUGUUUCAUCAACUUUAGAUCAGUAGUCGUUCAUUUUCCAGUCAGAGUUGAAUAAAUUAAACGGACACCUUCCAAAAACCGGACAUGGGAGCAGCUAAAUGUCCAGAUGAUCUACUUCAGACGAGGUUUUCAGGAGCAGUUUCCCGCCUCGACGCCACCGUGGGAAUAAACCUUUCAUUUCCAGCUUCAGCCCUUCAUGUUUCUCCGUAGAACGAACUGCAUCGACGUCGUUCCUCUUCCACGUCUGUAACCGAACGAAGCAUCCAGGAGCGAACGUCCGGCCAGGCUCCGACUGCUCCCUCCAUCCUCCCCCUUCAUGCCAGAGACACUGCGAAAGCCACGGCCAUGUAUUUAAGUUAUUUAUUUUAUCACGAGACUGUGUAGUAAUUUAUACUGUACAUAAUGAAAAUACUCUAUAAAUACAAAAAAACGUGAGAUAAAGACUCUGGAGCAGCGACGGAGCGAAGACAAAGCGGGGAAAAAGAAGAAGAAUAUUAAUAUAUGAAGAUCCUUCUAUUGUACAUAGCAACAGUUAUAAACCGAAUGUCUGCUGUUUUAGGGAACUUGAAGAUGUCAACGUGUUUUUAUUUUGUGUGAUAGAGUUUCUCCGGUUCGUCCCCCCGAAAGCAAAAAUCUUUGGAGUCGAGCACAGACAGCCGUUGGCUCUGGAAAACGCCAACAAACAAACACUAUCGCACAUUCCCAAGGUAAACAAACAAACACCAUCUACUGUCUCCAUUCCUGUCGCACCUCAGUCGCCUCCUGCAGGAGUUUUGCACAUAAAAUAAACCCACAGUCCAUCCUGAACUGCACAUUCGGGGUUUUUUAUUUUGUCGUUUGAUCCGACGUCUGUGCAGGAAACGGCUUCCAGAAACUAAAACACACAAAGUCACAGAUUCUCGGCUGGUUUAACAACACAAAACGGGUUUGUUCCCUUUGUCUCUGCAGGGUUCGAUAACUUCUAGAUUCAUUUCUGUUCUGUCAGAUUCAAUAAAUCGAUCCAGAUGGACAUUUCAAGUAUUUAGUGGCUUAAAACAUGACACAAAACCAGUCAAAUGUAAAAAUAAUACAACUAAAUGAUGCAAAAAUGUGAAAUAAUGCAGAGUAAAUUGUGGUUUACAGCAGAAAGGUAACGUUGCAUAUUACAGAAAUGAUGUUACAAAAUGUUGUAAAAUCUCUACAAAACUCCUGAUUCCUGACGUUUUAUCUAAAAAUAAACCAAAAUCAGUCGCAAGCAAAUACAUUUUACAAAAUUAGCAACUUUGUGCUGCCUACAUAAAGGUGUUUAAGGGUAUUAUUUUUGGUUAAAAUGCGAAAAUAAACUCCCUCUUAUUUAAAUAUUGUUGUUUUUCAGCAGAAGUGACCUCAAUACUCAUGUUUAUUAUAAUUUAUGAAUAACAGCCAGGGUGAAAUACAUGAAUUUAUCAAUUAGUUCAGUGACUAAACAUCAACUGGCAAGAAAUUUGGUCAUUAUUUUAGGUUAAAAUGGUAAAACACUGCCCAUCCUGGUAAACAAAAGUUGAAUAUUAGCAUUUUAACAAUUGUUUUUAAGCAGAAGUGGCCUCUACUGAUCCUCAAUAGAAAUGUUUUUAUACCAGCCAUCGUGAAAUGUGUUGAUUUAUCAAAAAAGUUACAACUUUAAUGAAUGACUAAGCUGUUUUUUUUUUUUUUUCAAUUUUCCCCCAAAAAUCACUAAUAUUAGUGCACAAGAUUUCUCACCUUCUCAUUUCUGAUUUUAAAACAGUCAUCAGAUGUGAUAUUAACAAAAAUAAUCUUUCAUAUCGUGAGUUUUUCUGGGUGUUUAAUCAAUAAAAGCACCGAUAAAAUGGAAGCAGUUUGAUAAAAAUAUCAUUUUACAAGUUGGUUCGAUAAAAGCUAAAAUAAUUGAAGCUUUAAAACUGGAUUCAGUUGAUUUGACACUUAAAUGGUGCAAGUUUCAAAUAAAUGUAUUCAGAUUUAGUGGAACCAGAAGACAUGUAAUUUGGAGGUUUUCUUCAGAUCAGUUUUCUUGCAUUGAGCAUCCUGACAGGUUUUAUUAGUCGAGGUAAUAAUCUGACUGAAUGUUUGUUUAAUAUUCACUUUGACGUCUUUUAUUUUGAAAUUCACCCAUGUUUACUUUCUUAAUUUUGGCAGUUUAACGCUGUAAAACAAAUGUUUUAGGAGAAAUGUUGUCAGGAAUCAAUAUGUGAGACUGAAAAAGAGUCCAGAACCAGGUCUGAACUCCCACCUCUGCAGGCUGAGGAGGCGUUUCUCAGCAGAAUCUUUUAUUUCUGGUAUUUUUAUGCACAUUUGUUGAGGGGUUUUUUUUGUUUGUUUUUUUGGAUUCUCUCUGCGUGUUCUCGUGUUACCUUUCUGCGACUUCCCGCCUGCAGAGUCAAGGUUGUGCCCUUGGAGCUUCCUUCUGAUCCGGCUCCUUGAUGUUGCUCAUCUCCGUCGUCAUGGCAACGGCAUGUCUGUCGGCUUUAAGGGCGAAUUAAUGCUUUGUCACUACGACCGUCUGCUCAGAUUUUAAAGGAAAAUUCACCAAAAAUCCUCCUCAAAUACUGUUUGAUUAAGAUUCUGCAAACAGGUUGCAUAAAUUCUGAUCACAGGCAACAACAUCCUGGUCCAAAUGCAUGAAAAACCUGCUAAAUUUAUGAUUUCUCUUCUUUUUUUAAAAAUAGUUUCUCACUUCUUUUCUCUGAUUUUGACAUUUUCUAAGAGAUUCUUCAGCUCUGAUUUCACAGUUUUCCUCUUUGGCUCAAUUUCUAAAUGUUUUCUCUCUUCUCAGUGCAACAGAUUAAAUCACAACCAACUAAACAACAAUCAGAGAUCUCUCAGUCGUAAUGUGGAUGUUUUUUAUGAACAGUUUUAGAUCAGAUAUCCUGCUAUAAAACUCUGAUUGUCCUUUGAUGAAGCAUUUUAGGCUUUUUUCUGCAAAAAAAACUGAGACGUAACUGUUAUUUCUGAGUAGUUUUUAACAUUUACCUGCAGAAUUGAAUUAUUCUGGGUGGUAAAAGGUGCAAAAACAUGAUUCUGCUUCUCCUAAACUGAAGGUAAAACAGGAAUUACAGAUUUUAACCUCUAAUUCUUGCCUUGUGGCCACAUUUCUGUGCAAAAUCUUUCUUCAAAAUCUAACUUUCUGCAACAAAUUUGCUCUUUAACUCACUGAUGUUCGAAGCUCCAAAGACAUUUUUAACCUUUUUAUUAUCAUGUUGUGUAACCCUAAAUUGUUCUGGAGGCCCAAAUUGCUGCUGAAUUGAUCCCAUCUUCCACAAUCACAGAUUUUGAGAGUAGUUUAAAGCUCUAAUUUGGAGUUUUUGAUGCUAUUUUGGGCCUUUUUUGACAAACCUAACCAGAGUUUAGAGUGAAAUUGUCGACAUCCACAAACCAGGAAGUUUAUCUGACAAUGGCUGCAUUUAGUUUCUGCUGCUGUGGUGAUUCAUUUGCAGAAUUGUUUGCAUUUUUAGUUAAAAAUCAGUCCAGGACUUAGAGAUGUUUGUAGAUUUCCUGACUUUUGGUAAUUUGCUGUAUUUUUUGCAUUUCAAAGAUUCCUCUCACUCAAAUUAAACCAAAGUUAAGAUUUUAAUGUAAAUGUGGCUGUUGGUAAAACUUAGACUGCUGGAGAAACUCAGAAUUCAUUUGAAAAGUCAAGAUGACACUAAAACUGUCGUGUUGAUGUUUUAAUACGUUGUAGCUGAAGAUUUUAAAGAAACAAGAUCUGACUGGAGUUUACGCAUCGUCCUGUGAAAUAAACACAAAACAAAUUAUGUAAAUAUAUGUUCUAUAAAAAGGUAAGAUAACCAUAGAAAGAUGCUAAAACUAUCCUGAGUUCAUUUAGAAAUUGAACAAUUGAGUUUCAAACAGAUACAAGAUGCUGUGACUGUUCAAUUUGUCAUUCAAGACUUCAAGAAACAGGAUCUGACUGGAGUUUGUGCAUCAUUUUGUGAAGGAAAAAAGUUCAAUUUUGAAGAAAAAAGUUGUAUUUUGCGGCUAAACCAGCAGAGAGAAAAGUUAAAGAACUAUAAGCUUUGAGUUUGCAGAGUUUGAAGGAUACAAUUGACUGCCGAAGCACUAAAAAGACGAGUUUUGCAGCUGAUUAAACUCAGUAACUCACCUUUUAUUGCCUUAAACCGAUCGUCUGCAGGUAAAAAUAUAAAAAAACAAAAACAAAUCUGAGCCAAAAAUGUACAAUAAUUCACUGAAAACGUUCUUUUCUGAGCCUUUCCUGCACAGAAUCAGUUCAAACGUUCACAACAAGCAUCAGUUCAUGAUUAGCAUCAGUUUUAUUUCUGACCGGAACAAACAAGUUUAAGUUUUCCAGGUUUUCUUUCCCUGUGUGUGUGAAUGUGUGUGUUUGUAUUAAAUAUGCAUCGUCCAUUAUCACCACACACACACACACACACACUAGAACACACUAUCACACAGUCACUGCAGCUGAUGGGUCGGAGUUAAACGGCAGAAAGACGUCACUGUUUGUAAAUGGAGAUCUGUUAUUAAAACAACGUGAAACCUGAAA